GUUCAUAUUCCAAUAGCUUUAUGAAUCCUCCAGCAUGGGAUUCAAAGGCAGAUCUGGAGACAGACGUCCUUAAAGCCUCGGAUCUCUUCACAGCGUCAGACGCCAGUGAGAGACAUCAGAAGAAAUCAAAAAAGUUUAAAGUCCCUCGCCUGCAUCGCAGACAGUCAAAGAGUUGUGAAGAUCCUGAGAUCAAGCAGAGCAAAGAUCGUGACGCUUCAGAGAUGAAGAGGCCUCCUCUUCUUCAGGUGCCGCCGCUGUCGCAUCGAGACUCAAAGAGCUUUGAAGAUGGCGAGCUCCCUCAGAAGGGUGCAGAUCUGUUCAGAGCAGGAGACGAGGAAUAUACGCCGGACAAUAAACCACAGACAUCUAGAGAGACUGACACGCAUCGCAGAGGGUCAAAGACUCAAGACAUAAAGGAGUUUCCUCAAGACUUUCCAGGAGCCGUGUCUGGAGGCUUCCACCUGUCUGAUGCUGCUGAGGCUGAGUGGCUGUCGGCUCAGAUGGACAUGAGACGACUGAAAGAUGCAGAGGAAGAGCAGAAGCAGGAGGAAGAGGAGGAUGAAGGGGACACUGACAGUCUGAUGGAGUGGUGGAAUACAGUGGAGUUUUGGGAUGAAAUGCCUGCUAAUGAGACGAUCAGCACUAAAGAAGAAGAGACCAUAUCGUUUAAAGCGGUCGCUGAUAAGGUCCACCGCGGCCUCCGCGUGUAUCUGAAGCUCUUCAUGGAGCGCGCCGAGCUGCUCUACCAGCACGUGCUGAUCUUAUACGGCAUCGCCGACGACCUCAGCAACUUCCACCACCGCGCUAAAAUCGCAAACAUCACGGGAGGAACGACCACCGCGGUGGGAGGAGCCGCGGCCAUCGCGGGGCUGGCGCUGGUUCCCGUCACGUUCGGAGCGUCCAUCAUCGUCACGGCCAUCGGGCUGGGCGUCGCUACAGCGGGCGGCAUCACGGCCGCUUCCGCCAGCAUCUCAGACACCGUCAACAACAUGCACGACCGUAAGAAGAUUGCAAUAAUCGUGAUGGACUACGAGGCCCAGCUGGUGGAAAUGCAGCGCUGUUUGCGAUUCGUCAUCGAAGGUCUUUGUCGAUUACGCUCUCAUCCGCUGCUGCGACGGAACAACUACUACACCGGUGACUGGGAGGUACGACGGGCCCUGCAGACCAUUAGCUUAGUGAGCGACCCGGUAGAUCGAGCGGAAGAAAUCAUUCACCACACGCUGGCCAAGUUAGCCAGUCUGCAGAAAGGAAUAGACAAGUACUUCACCAAAGACUCGAAAGAGGUGAAGAAGGGCUGUAAGAAGGAGGUGACGGCUGAGGUGCGGAGCCUGGCCAAACAGCUGCACGAAGGUUUAGCGGAGCUCAACUCCAUCAGAGAACAGCUGCUCGACGCGAGCGGAAACAUCUAG